AUGGCUGGAAGAUCAAGAAAACAGAAGAAACAAAGAAGCAGUUCUUGUUCUUGGAGUUCAGAAUCUUCAUAUAGUAUGAGUGACUUGCAUUAUGGUGCAAAACUACCUCAGAAAAAGGCUAAAAAGGAGUUUUUGGCCAACCCCAUAACAGGAUAUCUCACUGAAGAUGACACAAAUCUUGAUAGUUCUUCAAUGGGGAGAAGCAAGAAGCGAAAUCGUCCUUCGAAGAAAGAGCAAUAUGCAAAACUGGAAAUUGUUAAAGAUGAAGUAUCCUCAUCAGAGGAUGAUCAAGAUUCUGCUGUUUUGAGUAAGAAAAGGCCUACAUGUGGUAGGAGAAAGGGAGCAGAUAAGGGUAAAAAAGGAAACGAAAAUGGCCAAAGACAGAAGAGAGCAACAAUACUUUCUUGGCUUAUAGAUUGUGAUGUAAUUCAAGAAAAUGCAGAAGUUGUUGUCAUAGAAGGGGAGACAAGAAAAAAACAAGGAAAAAUUAAUAAGGAUUACAUACUUUGUUGCUGUUGCUAUUAUGUCUUCACAGUAGCAGACUUCUAUAAGCAUGCUGGAGGAACAUCUAGCAAGCUUUAUGAGAAAAUUUUCAUUGCUGAAACAUGUUCUCCUCUUUUAUCUUCCAUGGUUCAAGCUUGGAAUCUACCAGAAGAACGUAAAUUUCGUCAGUUUAACUUAAUUGAAACCAAAGAAGAUGCUAGUGACACCUACGAUGAUGCUUGCAUGAUUUGUGCUGAUGGAGGGGACCUAAUGUGUUGUGACAAAUGCAGCUCUACUUACCAUCAUGAGAAGUGCCUGGGAAUGAAGGAGAUUCCUAAAGGUUCAUGGUAUUGCACAUUUUGUGUGUGCAAAUUCUGUGGUGAUCCUGCUUAUGAAAAUGAUUAUUUGCUCAAAUGUUCUCAAUGUGAUAAACAAUACCACUGGGAGUGCCAUCUAGCUAGAGAACCAGUCAGCAUAGACAUUAAUCACACCCCACAAGGCACAUUCUGUGACCAUAUCUGCAAUGAGAUCUAUGAUAAACUGGAGAGGCACAUUCUUGGUGUUGAACAUGAGCUAGAGAGAAGCUACAAGUGGGCACUUCUUCAGAACACAGAUGAUGGCUCCGGCAUUAAUAUAGAAGACCAUUAUCAAAGAACCGUGUGCCACUCCAAGCUAGUCGUGGCACGACGACUUAUGGAAGAUUGUUUCGAGCAAAUUAUAGACAGGCAUACUAGAAUUGAUGUCGUCAAAAGUGUGGUCUACAACUGUGGGUCAAAUUUCAGCAGGGUGAAUUUCAAGGGCUUUUACACUGCUAUUUUAGAAAAGGAUGAAGAGAUCAUUUCUGCAGCAACCAUAAGGAUUCAUGGAACAAAGCUUGCUGAAAUGCCCUUCAUCGCGACAAAUAAGGAAUACAGGAGAAAAGGAAUGUGCAAAAAGCUACUGGUUGCCAUUGAAUCCGCUCUUUGCUAUCUAAAGGUAGAAAAACUGGUAAUUCCAUCAGUAUCGGAGCGCAUAGGGACCUGGAUAGAAAACUAUGGUUUUCGUCUCGUUAGCUCUCCACUACCAAAAGAGAUAAAAAUGCACAAUACAUUGAUGUUCCAUGAUUCAAAGAGAUUGCAAAAACACCUUCCAUCUGCUUUGUCUAGGACAUAUCGAGCUAAUUCUCGAGAUUUUUUUCAUCCCAACUAA